GAUGUCGAGGUGAGAGACACAAGUGUGGUUUGAAAUAAUUCUGCUAAUGCGCAAAAAAGGAGUGUUUUCAUGUGAACCGCGCAGCAGCGAUGUACGCGUUAUUUCUUGAGUGUUGCGGGAGAGCAGAGGGCGGGUGGUCUCUUCAUCCUCUUCCGCUCGCUGUCGUGUUUCGCUUGGGUUAAAUACUGCUGCUCUUCCCAGAUCAUCUUCCAUAAUCAAACCGAGCGACAGCAGCAGCCAGAACACAUAUGAGAGGUCAUGUGAUAUAGCUCAUGUUUGGGGAAGUGUGUCAGUGCUACUGCUCCAUUGUGGUUCAGUCCCGAACAGCGCCAACAUACGGGUGACUUACAUCUGACAACAUGGAGCCCAAACCCAACUGCUGUGCAGCAUCGGUGCCCAACUCACAGUGUGAUCUGAAGGGGAAUAUCUACGAGACCAUCAGUGAGGGUAAUGUGAAUAAACUGGAGGGCGCGGCCCUGGUGCGGGGGGGCAGUGACCCAAGCUCGUACCCGUCAUCCAAACACCCGGCGGGCGCCCGGAACAGGUUCAUCCGUAGGAGUCUGUGGUUCAAUGACAAUGACGAGCACCCAGUGGAUGAUUGCGCUCCGGAAUGCAAAGAGCAGAAUAAGAUGCUCGGCAUCAACCUACAGACAAUACUGGACCGAACUCUGGGGGUCCAAUCCACUUUACAAGAAGGUUCGAGCAUCGAAAGCCAUAAAGACCCAGGCGGCACCAGUGCCGAUGAGGAGAAAGAAAGAACGGACCACAAAAGAGACGCAACGGAUGGCGUUAAGACUCGCAUAAAGGCGGCCAGUGAGGAGAAUGAGGAAGAGGCGGAGAUGAAGGCUGUUGCCACCUCUCCAAGUGGACGCUUUCUUAAGUUUGACAUAGAGAUUGGCCGCGGCUCUUUCAAGACAGUCUACAAAGGUCUGGACACGGACACCUGGGUGGAGGUGGCCUGGUGUGAACUUCAGGACCGUAAGCUUUCUAAGGUGGAGCGGCAGCGGUUUAAAGAGGAGGCCGAGAUGUUAAAGGGGCUUCAGCACCCAAACAUUGUGCGCUUUUAUGACUUCUGGGAGUUGCCGCUGAAAGGGAAGAAAUGCAUCGUACUGGUAACGGAGCUCAUGACAUCAGGCACGCUGAAAACUUAUCUGAAGCGCUUUAAAGUGAUGAAACCCAAGGUUUUGCGGAGCUGGUGUCGUCAGAUUCUUAAAGGCCUGCACUUCCUGCACACACGCGCACCUCCCAUCAUCCACCGCGACCUGAAGUGUGAUAACAUCUUCAUCACGGGCCCAACUGGCAGCGUCAAGAUUGGGGAUCUGGGUCUGGCUACUCUCAAAAGAGCUUCCUUUGCCAAGAGCGUCAUUGGUACCCCAGAGUUCAUGGCUCCAGAGAUGUAUGAAGAGCAUUACGAUGAGUCUGUUGACGUCUACGCCUUUGGCAUGUGCAUGUUGGAGAUGGCCACGUCUGAAUAUCCAUACUCAGAGUGCCAGAAUGCAGCUCAGAUCUACCGCAAAGUCACCAGUGGGGUGAAGCCUGCCAGUUAUAACAAGGUGAUGGAUCCAGAGGUGAAAGAGAUCAUCGGCGAGUGUAUUUGUCAGAAUAAGGAGGAGCGUUACUCCAUAAAGGACCUGUUGAACCAUGCAUUCUUUGCGGAGGACACGGGUGUGAGGGUGGAGUUAGCCGAGGAAGACGAUAGGAGACAGACGUCCAUCGCUCUGAAGCUGUGGGUGGAGGACCCGCGCAGACUGAAGGGCAAGUACAGGGACGGAGGCGCUAUAGAGUUCACCUUUGAGCUGGAGAAAGAGGUUCCUGAGGCUGUGGCACAGGAGAUGGUUGAGUCUGGUUUCUUCCACGAGAGUGAUGCAAAGAUUGUGGGCAAGUCUAUUCGGGACAGGGUGGCCCUGAUCAAGUGGCGUAGGGAGAGGACAGUGCCCAGGGGUCCACAGGGUGGCGCUGCCCAGUUGAUGCCAGGUGGGAUGGUACCCAUCCUCUGCGAACCACCUUGUCUAGUGGAGCCUGAGGAGCCGGAAUUAGAACAGCAUGCUAAAGUGUGCCAACUCAGUGCCAAGACCACCUCCACCACAUCUGACAGUGGCAUUGGUACAACCAUGUACUCUGAUUCCCAUAGCAGUGGACUGCACAGUGUUGUAUACCAAUCAUUACAGGAAUCAGUCUCCACAGCAACCCAGAAGUCUGGUGUUUUGAGGCUCCAAAGCCAGACAGCACCUUCAAUAGCUCAGCAUGUGCAGACGUCUCAGAGUUACCCUUCUGCACCUUCAGAGACCCUUGCUGUGCAGCCAUGCUGUGCACCCUGCGGCCAGAUGAUGUCCACCACCCAACAGAUUGUACCUCUGCAUAGUCUAGCGACUGCACCACACAUCAUAAAUCCCCAGAACCACACAUCACUUUGUCAGGCUGCAGAUCCAAAUAUGCAGGCCAAGAAGCCUGCAGUGUCCUAUCAGCCUGUGUCUUCACUGCAGAGCAUUGCUCCUCAGAUUUACCAUCAUGCUGCAACAGAGAUGGCCAAUCCUCAAACAUUUCCACCUGUGCAGCAAACUGCAGCGGCAUCUGCACAUAGUUUCCCAUCUAAAACAGAAAUAGUACUGCCUACAGAGCAGAGUUUACAGAGCAGAGCAUCCACUGUGCAGCAUGUCUCAUCUGCAUCAGCACCAGUGCAGCCUCAACAAACACCUGCAUUGCAAUAUUUGCAGCAACAACCUGCGAAUGGGACAACUGAUGGGAAACUAUUAGAUUUUUCAAAUAUGCAACAAAAUGCUCCUGGGCAGCUAAAUCAGUCAAGCCAUGCACCACCUAUCCAACAGGCAUCCUUGACCAGCCAGCACCAAACUGUUCAAAUGGACCAGAACACUCCCAAUAGCUCAGAUCAUGCCAUUGCCUCUCAGAUAAUGUCACACCUCACUCAAAAUGCUGCCCAGAACGCUACUAUCCUACUGUCCAAUACCGACAAUAAUGCACCUCAGUCAACCCCUCAGCUGCCCACAGUACCCUUCAGGCCCGUCCUUGACGCAUUCAGCUCUGCAGUGCCUCCGGACCAAAACAAGAUUCCUCAGCUCGCGAGCCAAGCGCCUGCUUCUUUACCCACCGCCCCACGUUCUGUAGCUAGUGCUGGUCUGAAUCAGCAAAACCAAGCGGGCAGCAGCGGUCUGACUCAAACACUGCAGCAGCACAGCAGUAGUGCAAGUGGUGGGGGACCUGCCAACACUGAAAUGUCUGCUGAGGAAUUUGCUCUGGAUAAACAGGCAGGACCAGCAGUGUCCACUUAUGACAGUGUAAACUCAGAUGCCACAUCUGGCAAAGAGAUGAGUGACGGGUACGAGGGCUCAAACAGAGCUCGCAGUGAAUCCAGAGUCCGGAAACCUCAUCGCAAAUCCUCACGCUCACGACAAGACAAAAUCAACAGACCCAAACUCACCAUGAUCAAAGUGUGUGACACAGGAGAUAAGAUGGUAGAGUGUCAGCUGGAGACUCAUAAUCACAAGAUGGUGACCUUCAAAUUUGACCUUGAUGGAGAUGCUCCAGAGGAGAUCGCCACAUAUAUGGUCGAGAAUGAGUUUAUUUUGUUGCUGGAAAGAGAAAUGUUCAUUGAGCAGCUGAAGGACAUCAUGGAUAAAGCAGAGGACAUUCUUAGUGAAGAUGCAGAGGGAGAGAAGAGCUCCGUCCAGACAUCACCCCUGCAUCAGACGCCUGUUGCUGGAGCCUCUGACUCACAGGGAGCAAAGCCUCAGGAAACCCAGUCAGAGCAGCUAGUUUAUAAACAAAAUGUGCUUCACACAGGAAAACGCUGGUUCAUCAUCUGUCCUGUUGCCGAGACACCCACAUCUGACAGAGAACACGCAGCCAAGAACCCAGAGAGUUCCUCGACACCUCAAACACAUGAUGUCGACACAGUCAGUGCCAAACUUCUGCAGAAACGGCCAUCUUUGCUGCAACCACCCCUCUCUGAGCCCGCUCAGUCAGCGGACGGCUCUCAGGUUGUGUGUUCGGGUGUUUCUAUGGUUUCUGACAUCCCAUGCUGCCACACUGUGCCUCCUGUAUCCUUGGAAGUCACCCAGAAAGUAAACGAGACCCUUCACCAGCCGAUAACCCACAAAUGCAGCUCUAGUGCAGAGCCGCCCGGGAGCCACACCCAACAGGUGGUACUGCAGCAGCCUUUUGCUACGCCCACUCCACAAGCUUCUGUUACCAGUGCCCAAUCUCAGCCUCAGAGCCCUGCCCAUCAGCCCCAACAAACCCUACCCUCGACAUCGGGAUGUUCUGCAUCACAGGGGCCGCCAGGGGGCGGGCCAGGCGAAUCAGACGGGGAGGGGCCACCACGACUCGAGUUUACAGAUAGAACCAUAAAGACUUUAGAUGAGAAACUCCGCAAUCUGUUGUACCAGGAGUACCACCCCUCACAAACCACAAGCUCCGCCUCCGACCCGCCUGGAUCACCUCCGCUGUCAGACAGCCAAGGCAGUGAUGGAACUGUGAGGAGAGAAGAGAAACUGCCUAAGAUUCCAGAGAGAUCUGAUAGUCUGGGUACUUUAAGUGAUUCUGCUGUUGCCCCUUUCAAGAGACUCUUGAGCAGGAGAGACUCAGGGGCCAGUUCUGAUGCACUCACAUCCAAGAGCCACUUCCAGAGCUCCUGCAGUUCUCAUGAUGGCGGCACAGAUCAUGUGAUAAAUGAAUGUACAGCAGUUUCUUCAGCCGAGAACACACACAGAUCCACAUCACACAGCAACAGAUACUCCGCACCGCCUGACUUGUAUCAGGACACGCCUGUUUCAUUUCCAGAGGCCAGACCAACGAUUGCUUGCAUUCAGAGUUCAGUGUCAGCUGACGGGAGCGCAACGCAGAGGUUGUGUCUCUCCUCUGACACAGGUGAGGAGGAUCAGAGCGCACCUCCACCUGUCAAACCUUCAUCAGAGUACAGCGGCAGUGACUUUAUGAAGCGGGCGGUGGCUUUCCUGCGGCGAUCGGGACACAGCAGCAGCGUGCAGAGCUCUGAUUCACCCAGCUGUCCCAUGGAAAAUGGACACGCCCAAUCGGUUGGCAGUCACACCCACUCUGCUUACAUCAGCAGCGAUAACGACUCCGAGUUUGAGGAUGCAGAUAUGAAACGAGAGCUGCAGAAACUCAGAGAGAAGCAUAUGAAGGAGAUCUCGGAGCUUCAGGCUCUUCAGAGAGGAGAGAUCGAGCAGUUGUAUUCUCGCUUGGGUCGUCCUGUUCCGCCCAGCGUGGGCUUCCUGCAUGCAGUGCCCCCUACAGGCCGUCGCCGCAGGGCUUCCAAACACAAGCUGAAAGGAAGCCGACUGCUCAAUCCCAUGGUGCAACAGCUCAAGAACACCCGGAGCAACAGCUCAACUGAGACGUGCUCCAGUGUUUCGGGUUCUCCAGUCAAAAGUUCUGUUCUGGGCGACAGUUCUGUGGGCUCCAGCACUGCCACACUGAGUCCUAUAUCAGAUCCACUAGAGCUGGUCCAAACCCAACAGCCCUGCUCACUGAAGAGCUCUCUGUCCUCAGACAACAUCUACAGCCCCAACACACACACAACUCACACACAAGGCUGGACCGUUUACCACCAAACAUCCGAGCGAGUCACCUAUAAAUCUAGUAGCAAACCACGCACUAGAUUCCUCAGUGGACCCGUGUCUUUGUCCAUCUGGUCCACCCUCAAACGACUCUGUCUAGGCAAAGAACGCAGCAGUAGAUCUCACGGUACUGGUGCCACCCACUUGACAUCAGCAUCCAAUCACCAUUCGCCUCCUGUCACCAUGUUGACUGCGUCUCCUCAGCCAAUCACAUCACUUGUUCAGGCUCAGGCCAACAACAGCAACAAUAAGACUGGUACAUUCACAGAUGACCUGCACAAGCUGGUCGAUGAUUGGGCGAAAGAAACUCUUGGCUCCGCCUCUCAGCCCCGCCCCUCCACGAGUCAGAUCAGACAGCAGAGAUCUCAUCAAAACUUCUUCCAGACCAACCCUCCAAACACCAGAGUCUCCAACCAGAUAAGGGGCUCGAUUCCUCAAGCAUCUGUGAAGUUUCAUCUGCCUCUCCCGUGUCCACUAUCAGCAGCUCUGGGUCCCAUUAAGCCUCAUGGCAUUGCAAGCACCCCCUCUCCCAUCCUCCAGCGGGGCAGUUACCUGAUGCCCACUGCCCCCAUCCCUGGAAUGAUGCCAGCUGCUGUAUAUCCAAACCAGUGGUCUGGUUUGACCAGUCCAGUUGGUGCGAUUAGUCCAGUGGGCAUGUUUGCCACAGCUGGUUUGGUACCGUACCCUGGUAUGUCCAGCCCGGCACUGCAGGCAUUUCCUUUAGUGGUCAAAAGUCCAAACAACCCGAUGUGUCCCAGCAAAGCCAGGACUGCAUGAGAGCGACACCACUACAGUACAGAAACGGCAACAAACACUGUUUAUGGGUAAUACUAAUCAAUGCAGCUGGAUAAUCACGCUAGAUCUACCACACCUGGUUACAGACACGGACACGACACUUGGAUUCUCCUGAAUGAAUGAAUCACCAGCUAGUUUGUGGAGUCCCUGCAAUACUCCAUACUGCUGUGUUUACUACGUUUUUACCUUGGCUUCAGGUUCAGCGCACAGGUUCUUGGAUUCUUCUGUGCUUGGAUUGUAGUUUAAUGGUCGACACAUCUGUACGAAGCUUUUGAGCCUGUAAAUAGAAGGUGUGAGUUUGUGAAUCUGGGCAUGACAAGUGUGUUUUUUGGUCUCAGAUGAGUCCUGUGGCACUGCUUGCACAAUAAUUUUGUUAUGUUUUUCUAAACAGAGAGAUCUUAUUCUGUAUUGAGGUGUGUUAGUUAAGACUGAGAAUAAGACUUUGUCCUUUAGGAUUUCCCCCCACAAUUAAACAUUUGGCGUAUUGACUGAACUAGCAUAGAAGUUGUGAAACACGAGCAGAGCAAAUUUGAGUAAAUCCUUCAUGAAUCCAUUUUUGCUUAAUUGAACAUUUUAGGAAUGGUUUUAUGAAUGAUUUAUUCGUUCUGCUAACUUUUCUUGAAUGCAGAAGCAACAAAAUAGUGUUAGGAAUGUUUAUUCAGUGUAGACUGUGGUUAGAGAGAUCAUACUUUCUAACAAUAUUCAGUUUUAAGGAAUAUUCAGGUUCAAUUCAAGUUAAGUUAAUAUUGAUUACCAUAAAACAAGUCGACCCAUCCCUUCUUUCCUUUAAAAAAAAAAAAAAAAGCACAAAUCUAUGUUCCAGUGAGACACUUACAAUGGAAGUCAAUGGGGUCAAUCUGUAAACAUUAAAAUACUCACUGUUUCAAAACUUGUUAACAUGAUUUUACUGUGACUAAAUCACUUACUAACCGCAUCUGUGUGAAGUUAUAGCCAAUUUUACAACUUCGUUGCCAUGAUGGUGCAACUAUGGUAAGCCCUGUAAGCUAAUUUAUCAGACUAAAAUCAUGUUAACACACAUACUGUUUAUGUCUUUUGUCUAUACCUUUGAAACAGUCAGUAUUUUAAUGUUUACAGAUUGACUCCAUUGACUUCCGUUGUAAGUGUCUCACUGGGACUGCUGUUUUCUGAAUAAACGAGGGAUGAGUUGAAAUUAUUAUUAUUUUGUUAAUAAACAUUAUGCGUCAGAUGUUGUCAGUUGAGCUUAACUUGUAUUGAACCACAGGACAAAUUCCCAACAUAGCAAAAUAUUAAUUCAGGAGAAAUGUAGUGCCUUGAUAAAUUCUGACUUUUUCCUUUAAAAUUGUGAAUCAACUCAAGUAGCUAAGUUGAAAUCUCCUUGUGUAAUGCAAUAGCAAUUUUCUUUUAGUAUUUUUUUUUAUCCUUUUUUCCCGCUGUGAAGUGGUGGUUUACAUUUUGUAAUCCCUUUUAGAAACAAGUUCACGUUCAGUAAAUUGUUCAUCACAAUUUUAAUGUCACCUAGGAGCUAGUCAAUAAAACUCAGCUCUGUUCCAGCCAUUGGCGCCUGAGUUUCUGAUUGGUCACGAACACUUUCAUAAGCAAUACCACACUGUACUAAAAUGAACUAAGCACACAGUUCUUGAAAGUAUGUUCGAAUGGUAUUUAUAGACGUAAAUGUGUGUUUACAUGAAGCUCAUGUGACAUACAUUGCAUGCCAUCAAAUUAUCUCAGAUAGAUACCAUAAUGAAUCAUUAAGAAUGACUGAUCAUAUGUAUUUUGGUGCAUUUUCUGUGCUUGUAUCUGAUUGUGCUCUUGCAGAAAACCCUGCUUCAGUACAGUGAAACACAGCAUCUAGAUGCAAUCUGAAUUUGAAGUCAGUAUUGAGGAACGUCUGAAUGUAGCAGCAUGUCAAAUGCAGGACUGACGUGUCCCCGCAUGUGAUUCAACCUCCUUCACAAAACACAGCUGUUAUGGUGACAAGUUGAGGAGAACAUAAUGUGCACAUGAAUUUAGUUACUAUGUUAUGAAAUCUACGAUUUUAAUUAGCUUGGCAUAGCUGCUGUUUUAUUAUUUUUUGGCUCUGUAACGACCACUUGCACAGUUUUGACGUUUAGCAGGGCAGUGUGAUCAUUUUUUACUAUUAUUUAUUGUAUAUAAGGUUUUUUUCUUCUCUCUCUUAAAAACUUAUAAUCAAUCCUGAGUGAUCCAGAAAAUGCAAGCAUUGUGGUGUGUUUGUAUUUGAGUGGGUUAAUAUUCAAUGUAUAAAACAGUGUCGGUAGCCAAAAUACACAAUCCAGCAUAUACUUUACAGUUUUAUUUGUGUGUUUGUAUAAUUGAAUCAUUGUUGUGUUUAGAAUCAGUUAUCUUUAUCAGAAAUGUACAUUUGGAAUGCUUUUAAAGUGGAGUAUAACUAGCAGCCUGUUUCCUCCACAUCCAUGCCGAAUUCUUCACCAGAAACCUUUGAACAGCUGUGACCUACACAACUGCCAAGCUGUGAAUUGUACAGUCCUGUUGUAUUUCAUGUACUGUAUGUUCUGUUUUGAUGCAUCAUCUACUCUUGUUAAUGUACAUUAUUCCCUCAGUUCAGUUUGAAUUGGAUGUUUGUACGGGAUGUUCUGCAGAAUGAUCUGGUACACUUCCAGUAAAGAAAGAGACUUCAGAUAUUAAAUCUGUUCUUGCUGUGUAAUGCUGAAAUAUCUGGCAAUAAUGUCUGGAUUAAAUUGGCACUCUGUGAAUGAAUGAUUGCUGACGUACACUGUUCUCUGCUUUAAUUGGUUCAAACCCACAACACAGAGACUGUGUACAAGUUUAAUUAAAAAUAAAUACAUAUUUUGUGCUUAAUA